AUGCGUUUUGGCCAGCGAUGUACAGUUUGGGCGGAAAUUGUGGUCAGUGUGGACGAUCAGAUGGAUCGAACGUCAAGUAUGUUGAUUCAUUAUGAAAGACCUGAGUAUGCCAAAUCUGCUACUGUUUUACACCGUCCAGAUUCCCUUUCGCUUUUUCUUGAUUCUUUAGAAAACCCACUAUCAGAGAUGAAUCUCGAAGAAAGCCUGUUUUCGUCUCAACAGGAAGAUCUUUCAAAAAGACGUGCUUCACUCAUGGUUGAACUUGUUUCCACGCAAAACGCAACGGGAAAAGUAGAAAACCGAGUACAACGCAUGGAAAACAGUUCAUUGGUGGUCAAUUUAUUAGGGAACAGUGGAAAGAACAAUAACACUUCUUUUGUGAAAAUAAGGAAGUUUGUUGGAGGUAAGAUCAGCAGCUAA